AUGGAUGCUGCUGAAGUUAAAUCAGGGGAUUACCCACCAAGACUUUACCCUGAAGGGUCUUCUAACCUAGAUGGUAAAGUUAUUAAUCAAAAUUUCCAUCCAGGGCAUUUUCCCCACGUUAGAGAAACAAUAGGACUUGAUGUGUGGGAAGAACUGGUGAACUCUCCCAUUGGAGUAGUUGCUAGGCUAGCUGAACGCGAAAGCAUGUGGUCUGGUCCAUUGCCAACCGAAAAUUUUGAUCCUGGUCAAUACAACGAGUUUUGGGGGGAAUUGAAGGCGCCGCUUGGGAUGGGACCAAAGUUAGAUGAACUGAAGGCAACAUUAGCGUUCUGUCCGCUUUGGAGUUUUGAAAAGCGCAAGUGGUUGGGGUUGCUACUUCUUCAAUCCAUGGGAGUCUAUUGUUUGCAUCACAAUUCAAGGGCACCCUUUCAAAGUGCAAUAAGGGUAUUCAAUGAAGCCAUGAGGUCGUAUCCAUGGGGUCGGACUGCAUACGAAGUUCUAAUUGACUAUAUUAAAACGUUGGCUCCAGAUGGAGGUUCAUACACAAUAAGCGGCAUGAAGGACGCGUUAUUGAUUUGGGCUUAUGAAUCCGUCACAUGCUUCGGUGAGAGUUUUGGGAGAGUGAUCAAUAACGAAGACGUUCCGCUUUUGCGAUGGGAUAGAAAGCGUACACGUGCAAACUUUGAUAAAUUGUUGUCUGCCGAAAUCGAAAAGCAUGGCGAGGUGCGUGUGAGGAGAAUGGUUUUGAAUGACUCAAUUGAAGAGAUGUUUCCUAUUUGGCCAGGUGAAGAUGACGACCCACAACUCGUUAGGUUGAUAACAGACAUACAUUCAGGUAGAUUUGUGAAAGGUUUGUGGGAAGUGCAAGGGAAUGCAAAGGGGAAGGGGACUGCAAAGGGGAAGGGGAAUGAGAAGAAGAGAAUGAAGGGUAUAGUUUCGUCAGAAGCUGAGCCACCCACUAAGAAGCAUAAGAAAGUUAAGACACAAAAUGAGUCUGAAGCUGAUGCAGCGGGAAAGGGUUCUAGCGAGAAGGAAGGUAGCAAAGAGUUGGAGUUGGAGAACAAAGCGACUCUAACGACCAUUGUGAGAACUCUGGAUAUUAUUUCCAGAAAAUUUGAUCAGGUUGACUCACGAUUUCUCGCAAAACACUCACUGAAGGAAAAAUCGGAAGUGAACGAACGAGCGAAUCCCGCACAAAAGCCACUCGCCGGAGAGCUGAACCAUAACGCGAGUCAGCUCGCCGGCGAGCUCAACCAUCACGUCGGUCAGCUCGCCGGCAAGCUGAACCGACAUGUGGUUAUACUCGCCCAGCGAGCUCAACCAUCACGCCGGUCAGCUCGCCGGUGA